AUGCAAGGGAUAACACUAAAUGAGGAAGAAUGGGUAGUUUUCAUCGACACCAACCCAUCGUUUUCUAUCUAUACGGAAAUGGCCCUCGUUGCCGCAGAGAAGUUGAUUAUUCCAAUAAACGCAGAUGAUUUUUCAAGAGAAGCCAUCAUAGCCAUGCUUGAUUUAGUGUACGGAAUCGACCUGUACAACAUACCAACCCAAUUCCAAGAAUGUAAAAAGAGAAUGUUUAGUCACAAAGCCCAAGAAUAUGACAUCAGGCGACCAAAGAUACACCUUCUGAUCAACAACAGAGUUACAACGUAUAAACUUCGCUCAGCUUCAGCAUUUGAUGACAUGGCGACUAGCAGCUUCAAUGUUCUUGCUACGCCUUACCAGCUUCACAGUGAGUUCUUUGUGCCCCGUCCUCCAACGACGUCUCCAUCUAAAAACCCACCUCCAGCGAUAAAUCAUUAUUUCAUGGAUGUUCAAGAUUUUCAUACAACAGGAAUUUUGUCUCUUUACACGGGAUGCCCACUCGAUGAUCUA